AUGUCACAAAUGUCCCUUCUGAUGAGACAUCAACUAAAGAAUUCACAUUCACUAAUACGGCUGAACAGAUGUCUGUCAUCAGGUCAGUCAAAACCAGAGCGUCCAAUUUCACGAUUUCCUAUACCUGAUAUUAGUGAAAUUCCUUCUGACUUGCGAGAAGUCAUAGAGGAGGCACAAGAAAAGGCUGGUUUUACUCCAAAUGUCUUCAAAACAUUGUCCUAUAGACCAAAUGAGAUGCGAGCUUUUGUGAAUUAUCAUAAUGCUGUCAUGGAAAACAGAGAAGGAGGUAAUCUGACAAAGGCAGACAAAGAAAUGAUAAUAGUAGCAGUUAGUGCCUUCAACAAGUGCACAUACUGUAUCAUUGCACAUAGUGCCUUGUGUCGAAUUUAUUCCAAAAACACUAUACUUGCUGAUCAGAUAGCAGCCAACUGGGAAACUGCAGAUAUUGAUGACAGACAACGGGCUAUUUUAACCUUUGCCAUGGCAGUUGCCAAAUGUCAGCCUCUGUCAGAUCAGCACUUUGAAGAGCUGUACAAGCAUAGCCUAAACCAGGCUGAUGCCUGGGAUAUUGGAUCAGUUGUUGCACUGUUUUCUUUAUCCAAUCGGAUGGCAUUUCUCACUAGCAUGAGGCCAAAUGAAGAAUUGUAUAUGCUUGGAAGAAUUCCUAGGCCACCUAAAGAUUCAAAGUUGUGA